AGCUUGUUAAAAGAACAAAACAGCCGCUAAGUAGCAAUUGGUUGACGUAAAAGUAAACUGAACACACACUUUACGGCUUCAUUUUUCUUCGUCGUCUGCUCGAGAGCGCCGUUGUCUGUCGCCAUCUUGAGUUUGGGAGCGGUACUGUCCGCAUUCGUCCUUUUUAAGUCAAAACAGCAUGGAAAGGUAUUGCACUGAACCCGGAUGAAGAAAAUAAAACCACAGAAGAAGAGUCGUUGAACGUCUCGUGCACACGUCACCACUGCAACGUCACCCAUUGCGGAAGUCAACACGGAACGGACGAUGCAGGGCAGCGAAGUACCCGUGAAUUCAUCACUGAAAGACGAGUUGUACGUUGAUUUCCUGUCAGAGGGGUUUGAUGUGAAGGCAUACACUGCUCAGGCUAUUCACCAUGCUGUCAUUGCGGAGCAGCUUGCCAAGCUGGCACAAGGAAUCAGUCAGCUGGAUAAAGAGCUGCACAGCCAGGUGGUUGCCAGACAUGAGGACUUAUUAGCCCAGGCAACUGGUAUAGAGUCUCUAGAAGGGGUUCUCCAGAUGAUGCAGACAAGGAUCAGUGCUCUUCAGGCGACCGUUGACAGGAUACGGACAAAAAUUGUGGAUCCAUACAACAGGAUUGUCGCCAGGAUCACUCAGCUGGGCAGAUUACAGGUGGCCUGUGACCUUCUCCGGAGGAUUAUUCGUAUUUUACACCUAAGCAAGAGGCUUCAGGUUCAGCUUCAGGGUGGCAGUCGGGAGAUAACCAAAGCUGCACACAGCCUCAAUGAGCUAGAUUAUUUGUCUCAAGGAGUCAAUUUGAACGGCAUUGAGGUGAUAGAGAAUGACCUGCUACUGAUCAGUCGAGCGAGGCUGGAGGUGGAGAACCAGGCUAAACGAUUAUUGGAACAGGGAACAGAAAUUCAGAAUCCGACCCAGGUUGGUACCGCCUUGCAAGUCUUCUACAACCUUGGCAACCUCAGAGAGACCAUCGCCUCCGUUUUGGCGGCCUACCAGACCACCAUACAGGAGAGCAUCAUCGGCGCCCUGGACAUCAAGAGCCUGACACAGCCAGCCAACCCCAGAGGUGCCCCAGGAAGAGCGGUGCUCCCAACACCGGGAAGCACGGCAGUUUUUCGCGCCGCUCUUUGGACAAACUUGGAGAAACUCAUGGACCAGAUAUGUUCUGCAUGCAAAAAAGUGCAGCAUCUUCAGAAGGUCCUGAUGAAGAAGCGAGACCCUGUCACUCACAGGUGCUUCAUUGAUGAGAUCAUUAAGGAUGGUGACCCCGAUAUCCUGUAUACCUUUUGGACUGAUAUUACUACCAAUCUGGGAGAAGAGUUUCACAAAGCAACUGAAGCAUCAUCUUUCCUGAAGCAAGCGUUUGAAGGAGAAUAUCCCAAACUGUUGCGACUGUACAACGAACUCUGGCGUCGCCUCCAGCAGUAUAGUGCCAGCCUGCAUAGCGCACUUAUGAACAGCGGGGGGGUGGAUGCCACUCUGGAGCCAGAAACGGACAACCUCGAUCUCUUCUCUCAAAGCAAACAGGACUACAACCCAGAGAGGGCUCUCAAGGACUCUCUGCGUCCAUAUGAAGCAGCUUACCUUUCCAAGUCCCUGUCUCGCCUGUUCGAUCCCAUCAACCUGGUGUUCCCGAUGGGGGGACGCAACCCGCCCUCCAAUGAUGAGCUGGAAAGCAUCAUCAGGACCAUCAGCAGUGAGCUGAACGUGGCAUCCAUCGAUUCAGAUCUCUACCUUGCUGUUGCCAAGAACGCCGCCAAGACCGUACAGCUCUUCUGUGUCAAGUCUGAACAGCUGUUGGUUACCCAGGGUGAUGCGAGUCAGGUGAUUGGCCCAUUAACUGAAGGCCAGAGGAGGAACAUCGGCGUGGUCAACUCCCUCUACCGUCUGCAUCAGGCUGUUGCCAGGAUUAUUUCUAGUUUGGGUCCAACCCCGACCGCUCCUGCAGAGGCUCUCUCUUUUUCUUUGGAGGAAGGGCAGGCCCUGAUGAGCAGCGCAGUGCAGCCCCUCCUGCAGUCAGUGAGCGACUCAAUAGAGGCCAUCAUAAUCACGCUGCACCAGGAGGACUUCUCAGGCGGUCUGGACAACCCCGGGAAGCCUGACGCUGUCUGCUCGCUCUACAUGAAGGAGCUGCAGGGUUUCAUUUCCAGAGUGAUGAGCGACUACUUCAGACACUUCGAGUGCACGGACUUCAUCUAUGAAAGCACGGAGGCCAUUGCUCAGCGAGCCAUCCAGUUAUUCAUACGACAUGCCAGCCUGCUGCGCCCCCUGGGGGAGGGCGGAAAGAUGCAGUUAGCGACCGACUGUGCACAGAUGGAGCUGGCCGUGGCGCCGUUAUGCAGAAGAGUAUCCGAUUUGGGCAAACCUUACAGAAUGCUUCGCUCCUUUCGGCCACUUCUGUUUCAGACCAGCAAUCUGAUCAUCAGCAGCCCAGCUGUGGGCGAGCUCAUUCCUUACAGCACCGUCCUUCACUUCCUGUUCGCCAGGGCCCCAUCCGAGCUCAAGUCCCCUUACCAGAGAGCGGAGUGGUCCAUCACGCGGUACUCCCAGUGGAUGGAUGCUCAUCCCUCAGAGAAAGACCGACUCACACUCAUCAGGGGCACCUUGGAGGCGUACGUCCAGUCUGUAAGGGCUCGGCAGGGGAAGGAGUUUGCACCCAUCUAUCCCAUAAUGCUCCAGCUGCUGCAGCGAGCCACCAAAGAGUCUUUGGACGUGAAGGCAUCAGGAUGAUGACGCGUGUGUACGGUUUUACCUUAAGUCAGUAAAGAAGUGUCUCUUGAUGGGGGGUUUAUGAAGGUGUGGUACAGAUGUACCAUUCAAAGCAUUAUUCGCGCUACUCAGUGUGGAUGGCGUUAGCUGCAUGUUUUCAUGAAAUAUUACUCAUGCCUGUAUAUGCUCAGUACAACUAAGAAUGACAGUGAAUGGAUGUGUUCUGUGUAGUAAAUUUCUCUAGCAUUUCUGUGCCAUUAGUAACAUACUUCAAUGCUAACAUUUUUUUUGGAGUUCAUCUUUUACAGCUAUUUUAAAUCAACUAUAAGCAGGCGUUUUUAGACUAUUACAAAGCUUUUUCAUACACAGGCGUGGUUUUAAAGCUUUAACGGUAUGCUUUUUUUUCCAGUGACAGUACACAGGUGUUUUAUUUUAAUUAAUGACACUAAUAUACACAGGUGUUUUGUUUUAAUUAAUGACACUAAUAUACACAGGUGUUUUGUUUUAAUUAAUGACACUAAUAUACACAGGUGUUUUUAUUUGAUUGGAUUAAUGACAGUACUAUACACAGAUGCCUUCAAAUAGGCCACUUCCACUGGUUGGGAGGAGGUUCGUCUAUCAGUGGUUCCCAUGGUUUCCAUUCAGACAUCUUUCUUGACAAAGCCAGCUCGCACUCUGCCUGCACACACACAAACACACACACACACACACACACGUUUUCAUUACACACUAGAAAACUGAUAAUUGCAUCAUGAAAUUUUGUAGGGAUGUUCCCAUCAGGGUUUUAUGCCACCAAGUCAUAUCAUCUACGACUGAAAUCAUCCGAAACCGAUUACAUGGAUUCCAUCCGUAUCAUCACUAGGGAUGCUGGAGCCUAUCCCAGCUGUCUUCGAGUGAGAGGUGAGGUACACUCACAUUCAUACCUAUGGACAAUUUGGAGUGGCCAAUUAACCUAGCAUGUUUUUGGAAUGUGGGAGGAAACCCACGCAUGCACAGGGAGAACAUGCAAACUCCACACAGAGAUGGCCGAUAGCUGUGUGGGCUGCGCGCUAACCACUCAUCCACUGUGCAGCCUGACCAAUAUAUGUAUGGAAGAAUUGUCAACAAUA